GUCUUAUUUCUUUCGUUCUUGACUGUAGGGAGAAGAGGUCUUGUCUUGUCUGUGCAGUUUCCUCAUCGUCAGGUGUUUGCUUCAUGUUGUGAGCUAUCCUUUCACUUUAAAUUCACCAUUUCACCGAAGAAUGAGUGAUAACGAUGAUAUCGAAGUCGAUAGUGACGAAGACUCACCGAGAUAUCACAAUGUGGCAGACAAACGAGCACACCACAAUGCACUGGAGCGGAAGCGUAGGGACCACAUCAAAGACAGCUUUCACAGCCUGCGGGACUCGGUGCCCGCCUUGCAAGGGGAAAAGGUUGGUAGAGAGGUGGCGUCAGUCCUACGCGACGCUCGUCCCUCAACAGGGACCAGUGCAGGCGGAAUCGUCGCGCUGUCUGACCAAUCUAUCAAACAGGCGUCCCGAGCUCAGAUUCUAGACAAAGCCACGGACUAUAUCCAGUACAUGAGAAGGAAAAACCACACCCACCAGCAGGACAUCGACGACCUGAAGAGGCAGAACGCACUGCUGGAGCAGCAAGUGCGUGCCCUGGAGAAGGUGAAGGGUUCGACCCAGCUCCAGGCCAGCUACAGUUCUUCAGACAGCAGCCUAUACACCAACCCUAAAGGCAGCGCUGUGUCUGCUUUCGACGGAGGCUCUGACUCCAGCUCCGAGUCCGAGCCAGAGGAACCCCCCGCCCCCAGGAAGAAGCUCCGAGUGGAGGCCAGCUAGAUUGACGGGCCAGCCCACAGCGCCACGCUUGGCGUGGAGGGGUACUGCAUGCACAGUUACUGGUCCAGUAGUCGGUGCUGCUCCUCUGUUUCUCACUACCACCUCCUCCUUCCCUCCCUCCCUGCAUAUCGCUGAAUGUGCUCUCGCUGGAGAAUGCAGACGCUAUCCGUCCCUGCCGAUCUGUCUAUCCUGACGUUCUUUCAUCACGCCAUCCCCUGGGGAGGGAGGGAAGCCAGCUGGGAGGAAGAAAAGGAGACUGAUUUUAGAAUAGGACGUGCAAAGCUUCUGUUUUUUUUUUCCCUUGUCGGUUGCUUUCUUCCUUUUCUGUCCUCUCUCUCUCUUUCUGACUUCACAGCUUUGGUAUCUCUCAGCAACUAUCCAAAACCCCAACAUGAGGCAGCUUCACUACCUAAAGGACUCGAUGCUUUUGUGCCCUCUACUACGUACUCUCUCCUCUCGGCUGAAAACUACGGAGAGAAGAGAGGGAGGCGUACUCCAAGCACUGAGAACACGUAAUACUUUUGUUUAGUUCAUCAAUUUAUCUUGAUAAGAACCUGUUUUAGAAUUUAUACACGCGCUUAGAAGAGUCGUCCUGUCGGUUGGAGAGGCAUACCUUCAAAACAUUUGUGCUUUUUUUUUUUUUUACACACACAAAAAAAAAGUACUUUUGAUGUGAUAAACAAACCUCAGGCCAACAGGAUUGCAGAUCUUUUCCAUUUUGACACGUUUUAGAAAUUAAAUAUCAUCCCCUUUGUGGAAAAUAAUUGAUGUUAUGAAAAAAAGAUUCCAAAACUUGUAUCGUAUUUCGUCCUUUAGCUUUGAACUAGUGAAUGAAUUUAGGUGGCAGAGCAAAAGUUAGGAAUCUUGAUGAUAAAAAAAAUAAAAAUGGUUAUUGGAUGUUUUCAAGUUCUCUAAAAAAAAAUGUGAUGCAUUUUGUAUUCUCACAAAUCAUUGAAAAAUACCAAUUUGUCACUUGUAGUUUUCCUUCAAAGUAUGAAAUAGAUAUGGAUUAUCAAAAGGUAGUCCAUUUUUAUUUUAUUUUUCAAUAUGAGGAGAAAAUUAAGUCAAUAUGUUGUGAAUUACACAGUAAAAUCUUAAAUGUCGCUGACUCAACUAAAAAAGAAGCAUUUUGCAUCUAGGAAAUGUGUGUAUAUUCCCCUCCCACCCCCUUUUUUUAGGGUAUGAUUACUGUAUACUAGAUAGAUCUUUGAUUCCAUUCCAUGGAAAUUACAAGUAUGUUGUACAUACUGCCAAGAAUUGUCUUGCAAGUUGAGGCCUACCUUUACUAUGAGACUAUAAAUAAAACUAUUUUAUCCUUUAAAAA